UCUGCACACUGCAGGCAGGACUUCUGCUGUGCUUUGGCUCUCGCGGUAAGACGUAAGACUAACGUGAAGAAGGCCCUAGCUGCGGGAUCCCACGAAAGUGUGCUUCAUGGCGGUAACACUGGAGACUGCGAUAACUGAGAAGAACUUGUGAGCUGUCUGUUACAAGUCACAUCGCCGUUAUUUUGCCUCUGGUCGCCCCUGCAAAUAGCGGCCUCGCAGAGAGGCAACACGCUAAUGAUGGAGAAUGGACAGAGCACUGGCUCCAAGCUUGGGCUGCCGCCCCUCACACCAGAACAACAGGAAGCACUGCAGAGGGCAAAGAAAUAUGCCAUGGAGCAGAGCAUUAAGAGUGUGUUGGUGAAGCAGACCAUAGCACAUCAGCAGCAGCAGCUGACCAACCUGCAGAUGGCAGCAGUGACAAUGGGCUUUGGAGAUCCUCUCUCACCUUUGCAAUCGGUGGCGGCGCAGCGUCAGCGGGCCCUGGCCAUCAUGUGCCGCGUCUACGUGGGCUCCAUCUACUACGAGCUGGGCGAGGACACCAUCCGGCAAGCUUUUGCACCCUUCGGCCCCAUCAAAAGCAUUGACAUGUCCUGGGACUCGGUCACCAUGAAACACAAGGGCUUUGCCUUUGUGGAGUAUGAGAUCCCCGAGGCGGCUCAGCUCGCUCUGGAGCAGAUGAACUCGGUCAUGCUGGGGGGGCGCAACAUCAAGGUGGGGCGGCCAAGUAACAUCGGCCAGGCGCAGCCCAUCAUUGACCAGCUGGCAGAGGAGGCGCGCGCCUAUAAUCGCAUCUACGUGGCGUCUGUGCAUCCGGACCUGUCGGACGACGACAUCAAGAGUGUCUUUGAAGCCUUUGGCAAAAUCAAGAGCUGCACGUUGGCGCGGGACCCCAAUACUGGCCGCCAUAAGAGCUACGGCUUCAUCGAGUAUGAGAAACCACAGUCGGCCCUGGAUGCCGUGUCCUCCAUGAAUCUGUUUGACUUGGGUGGGCAAUAUCUCCGAGUAGGCAAGGCUGUUACCCCACCUAUGCCCCUGCUGACGCCGACCACCCCAGGAGGCCUGCCCCCUGCUGCAGCUGUGGCAGCCGCAGCCGCAACUGCGAAGAUCACGGCUCAGGAGGCCGUGGCAGGUGCAUCCGUACUAGGUUCUCUGACCAACCCAGCCCAGAUCCUCAGUCAACAGAUGGGACUCCCACAGGCUGUCCUAGCAGCCCAGGCCCCAGGCCUCAUCACAGGAGUGACCCCCGCUCGGCCAACUCUGCCUGUAGUGCCCCAGGUGGGGCUGGUAAAUCCAGUCCUGGCGACUCCCCCUGUUACAUCAGCACUCGCUGCUGUCGCCACAGCAACAGCGGCCAGUCUGCCUGCGGAGGCGAAGAAGGACUCAGACGAGUCACGCAGUGGGGAUCAGGAUGAACAACCGCAGCAAGAUGGAGACGGGAGACAGGAGACGUUGAGUGACCAGGAGCACCUAAGCAUCUCGGGAAGCAGUGCACGACAUAUGGUCAUGCAAAAGCUGCUUCGUAAGCAAGAGUCGAGCGUUAUGGUCCUACGGAACAUGGUGGGCCCAGAGGACAUCGACGAUGACCUGGAGGGAGAGGUAACGGAAGAGUGUGGCAAGUUUGGCGCCGUUAACCGGGUCAUCAUCUACCAGGAGCGUCAGGGUGAGGAAGAUGACGCGGAGAUCAUCGUCAAGAUCUUUGUGGAGUUCUCGGAGGCGGCCGAAAUGAACAAGGCCAUUCAAGCCCUUAACAACCGUUGGUUUGCGGGUCGCAAGGUGGUUGCCGAGGUGUACGACCAGGAGCGAUUCAACAACAGUGACCUGUCCGCAUAAACUGUCUAACAAAAAAGCGAAAAUGAAAAUCGAUGGCCGAUGCCGACAACUUCCCAUACCCAUCCUGUCCUGAUGGCCGUUGCUCAAACUCGCCCAGCCGAAGUCUCUGCUGCUAGAGAUUUGAGCCUCUUUUAAACGUGUAAUUAUUUUUUUAUUGAUGUUAAUAUUAUUGAUGAUCCCUUUCACUGGGAUUGGCAAAGAAAAGAACACGUGCGCCUCAUGGAUUUUUUUUUUUCUUGUACUGGUCACGUACUGUGAAGGUUUUUUUUUUUUUUUUUUUUUUUUUUAUUAUGUUGCAGUUUUGUUUUCUAAUUGAGAAAGAAGUUAAAGUUUGCUCCUCCCCCUUCAUGUCUUUCUGUUUCUUUCUUUUUUUUUUUACGAAUGCCAGCAUUUUGUCCACUAGCAUUGUGUUAGAACUCAGAACGUUGUGUACUGAGUACUUAGAAAUAUUGGUUCCAGGUUUCCCAGAACAAUAAAUUCUCAAAUAUGUAAA